CUCCAACUCGCCUUUUCGUUUCGCGUGUCGUGCACAGCCACUUCUCCCGCUUUCUCGCCCUUCUCACCACUACAAAAGGAGGUUUCCGGCGCACACACGCAGACCAGGCCUCGAGACAGGCGAGCUGUUCUUUGCACUCGAUGAAGCUGCGGCGUUCAAAAAGCACAAAAAGAAACAAGAGCAGCAGUGUCAGUGUGUAUUUCGUUGUAUGUACACCUGGAGGUUGUCGCAGGAUUUCGGACGUUUUUGCAUCUAGACGCUCCGCAAUUCUUCAAAUUCCCUCGUGCAUUUCCUCGCCUCACUGGCUCUCUCACUCGCGCGCGAAAAGUGCGGCUCGCCGGAGUUGCGGGGAUCGCCUGCCUUCGCUUUUCUUUCCUCUGUUUAUGGCGCAGCAAAACGUCUCUCCAAAGUCUCAUUGGUUGCGCUGUCUCAAGGCGGUUUUCGGCGCUGAUCUUCUUCCCACGACUUUCCGCCCAGGGAAGAGGCAAAUCCGGGUCGCCUCCGCUGUUCCCCUCCUUUUCUGCAUCUCUCAACGCCCGCUGGACCCCGUUUUCUCUGUCUUUAUGAAAUCCAACGUUUCCCUGCCUUUGCCCAGAUGUCUGGAGACCCCCACACAUACAGACCGUGACACGCUCGCCCACCUUCAGCCAUAGAUAAAUAUAUAUAUAUAUAUAUAUAUAUGCAUAUGUAUCUGCAGGUUUGCACAAGAUGCAUGUACCUGUAGAUGUAUGCAUUAUGAUGGCAAUCUCGAUUGGCUCGUGUUGCAGAGUUGGAAUGUGAGAUCCUCUGGGCUUUCCGCUUCUCCCCGCUCCAAGCGCCAGAGGUCGCAGUUGUUGAUUUUUUGAGUUCGCUUUCAGGCUGUCUUUCCCUGUUUCCUCUUGCACUUUUUUCGCAGAUAGACAUGUGUGUACUGCUCCUUCGUAAGAAGGUAGUUUCUGCUUCGUUUUCUUCUUUUCCUGUCCACCUUCAAUUCUCUUGUUCCUUUCUCUUCUUUGCUCAGUCUCGCUCUUUGCCUCUUGCGCCUUCUUACUGUCUCUGGCCUUUUCCCCUCUCCCUUCCUCUCUCCUUUCCUCUGCGCCUUUCUCUCCUCUUGUCCCUUGAUUUUCUCGUCUCUGCUUUCUUUCUCUUUCUUCCUCUCUUCAUCUCUUUCUCUCUCUCUUGCUCGAGGGAGGUUCUUCUCCCGCAGCAGUCGACUCUGCGUCGCCACACACUUCGACGGAGCCUUUCGUAGUCAAGGUCUCUGCUGCUCGCCGUCGGCAGCCCUGGAGAACCUGGGCGCCGGAGUCGCUUUCCUGAGAAGAAAACUGAACCGGAAAGGAGACUCGAAAGCCAGUUUCCUUUCACCACGCACGCGAAAGACUCACUGAGACUCCGCGCCCUGCGAAGCCCCCAAACACCCAGGCAACACUAACCUCAGAAACAGCUCCCCCGUCUCUCCGAAACAAAGAGAGCGCUGCCUCCAAACAAGACUUCUCUCCUGAAAGAGCUCUGUCCUCAAAGCUAGAGCUGUCUGUCUCUGAUGCUGGGAGGUCUGCCGUCGCCCUCAAGACCGCGCGUUGUCUCUGGAGGUCUGGGUGAGUGUGAAGCGUCCUUUUCGGGGACGUUUGUAUCCAAAUAUAAGCCGCAGAGGGCACCUGCGCCGGGGUCUUUUCGUUCCACCGGGGGUCUCUCGCUUUUCAGGAGACGCAGAACUUCUGGAACAUGGGAGAUCUUCGAGCAUCUGCAAAGGUCCAUAGCGUGUCGUUCGCCGCGCCACGAUGCAGCGGAGACUCUGGAGACUGUUCCCCUGAUGGUGACGACAGCGAGCCGGUUCCUUCUCAACCUUCUUUCUCCUUCUUGUCAGCUGUCUCCUCCGGUGCUGCGAAUAGCGACUGCAGGCCUGUCGAGCGAGGUCCGUCUCCAAGCACAGAAGGAAAAGAGACACGUGGGCAGAGAGAGGACACGGACGACGAAGAGGCGGUGGCUCUCGCCUGUCACAAAGGUUCUCUUUUCUCGCAGGAAGAGAGAGGCCUGUCUCUCCCGCUGAGCCCUGUCGAAGAAGAGAGCGGAGGAGAUAGCGGAUCAGAGUUCAAGAGAGAAGAGGUCUCGCCGUCGCUGCACCGCGAGCCUGGAGAGAGAGUGGCGCCUGGGAAGGAAGAGCGAGAAGAAGAGCACGGAGACCCCUCUGCAGAGGUGCCUUCCUCUGCUGAACACAAGAUGCCAAGCACCGUUUUUCAGUCCAAGGGUGGGCUGCCAGGCUUCUUUGCCGCUCUCCUGGGUGGCAAAGAGGCCGACGGGGCUGCCGGCCCCCCGCCGCGACCGCCUGAGGCUCCAGUGUCUCCGUUCCGGCCUCAGGGCGAUGGCGAGACAGAGAGCCAUGAAUCCGCUGUCUCAGCCGGACCCAGUGCGUCCUCUUCGUCCUCUUCUCUUUCCUCUUCUUCGUUUUCUUCCUCUUCGUGUACUGCUCUUAAGACGCGGGGGUCUAGCGAAGAAGAAGGGUGGGAGACGAGAGUCGAGGCGAGAGGCGUGAGGACGAGGAAUGAAGCACAAGAGGGCGGUCCUCAGAGCGUGUCUCAUGGACUCGAGCGGUCGGAGGAGAACGCGUUGGAGGCGCGAGAGACUCAAGAGUUGGAGGAGACAGAGAGCCGCCAGCUCCUCCGAGACCACGGCGGCAAAAUGGGAGCUUGCGUCCUCAGAGACAGCGACGAGGACCUCUGCCUCUUCAGACUCUGGGGGCCUCACGUCGACCGGUGCUGGGUGCAGUUGAAUCCUACAAAGGCCGGAGAAAGUCCCCGGCGCUUCGAGUUGAAAAACGAGGGUAACGCCUUAUGGGGCACAGUCCUUCGCGGAGUGCCUGUAGGAACACCGUACGAAUUUGUCCUUCAUUCCUCUUGGAAUGAUUGUUUCGCCCAAGAAGGCGACGAACUCCACAGGCGCGACCCUUACGCGCGACACACGGACUUCUUCAGCAACACUUGCUACGUGACAGACGCCUCGCGGUUUCCGUGGAAGCAUCUCCAAUCCUUCGACCCGCCGACGUGGAACAAACUGAUCAUCUACGAACUGCACCCAGGAACCUUCAGUCCUGCUUCUGCUGACCGCACAGUCUUCGAGACGCUGGUGGACAAGUUGGAUCACAUUCGCUCUCUGAAUUUCAACGCCGUCGAGUUCCUGCCUGUCCAAGAAUUCGGUGGAGAGUGGGGGUACAAUCCUCGGCUUCUCCUCGCAACUCACGGGAAGUAUGGAACACCCGACCAGCUGCGCAAGCUCGUCGACGAAUGCCACAGGAAAGGCCUCGCGGUGAUUUUCGACCUCGUGUUAAACCAUGGCAGCGCAAAGUUGAACUCUCUCUGGAACUGGGACGGGUACGGCAAAGAUGCGUCUGGCGGCAUCUACUUCGAAGGCGGCGGGGAAAGUGGCUGGGGGCGAAAAUUCAGUUUUCACAAACGCGAAGUUCGCGACAUGAUCCUUGCAGCGGCUCUCUGCUUCAUCGAGGAAUAUGGGGCCGACGGCCUGCGUCUCGACUCCGUCCAUAGCAUGCCCUGGGACCUUCUCCAGGAACUGACGCAUGCAGUUCGCAGCAAGCAUCCGUCGAAAAUUCUGAUCGCCGAAGUCACUCCAGAAAAUCCGCAAAUCUGCAACAGCGCUGGUUUCGACUCGUGCUGGAUACACUCGGCGUAUUACGAUGCCAUCAAGGUGACAAGAGGACAAGACGGCAACCACCAUCUCGACAUGCUGCGCGCCAUGAUCGAUGUGCACCGAGGCUUCAGGAUGUCCCACCAGGGCGUUAACUCUCUUCUCGGCAGUCACGACCAGGCUGGCAACAAACAAGGUGGUCACACAGACGGCAGAGCUGGGCGGUAUUUUGUCGAUUUGUUCGGUGGAAGAAACAACUGGCACAGUCGAGCGCAGUGCCGCAUGUGGUACAGUCUGCAGGCUGUCUGUCGCGGCCUUCCAAUGAUGUUCAUGGGGACAGAGACGCACCAAGACAAAUGGUGGAACGUGGACGAACAGCACAAGAUGAAUUGGAAUUUCGUUGAGAACCACGACCCCCUCGCCGAGCAAAUGAUGAAUCUGGUUGCUGCGGCAAACAAGCUGCGCCUCUCCUUUCCGAGUUUGACAGAUGACCAUGCCCCUGUCCGUUUCUGUCACCUCGACUAUCAGAACCGUGUCUUGGGCUUCGUGCGAGGGUCGCUGCUGGUGGUGUUGAACUGCUCCGAGUCGCAGUGGGAGGGUCGCGACUACGAAGUGCAGACGGACUGCGUGAACCGGAAGUUCAAGCAGGUCUUCAACUCGCAGGCAGCCGAGUUCGGAGGCUGGGAGGCAAGUUGGUCCUCUGCAGAUCGCAAUCUUUCCUCUUCCGUGCAUGCGCGCUUGCCAGUGAAUCUGCCAAAGUGGUCUGUCACUGUUUACGAGCGCCAGGAGUAGAGAAAGUUCUUUUCAAGUCUCCAGGAGCGCCCCGUCUCAGGCGCAGCUCUCUCGCGUCGAGAGUCACACGCGUCGACACAGAGUGGACGCAAAAACAUGCUGUGCGCGUUCGGAUCUGCUGCAUCGUAGAGCGAUGCGAAGAGUGUAGAGGUGAAAGAGGUCUGCGUCGACGCAUGCGUUGAACGAGGAACGCGGUCGAAAGCACGGGCGAUCUGCUCCCGCACUCAGCGUCGAGCAUUCACUGACACGCAUGCACUCAGUCUGAGUCGUUGGGUGAAGCAGGCGCUCCCGGCACACUUCCAGGAUUUCCACCGCUCGAGUUGCAUGCUUUCUUGGUGCCAGUCCUCGACGGGGAAUCCUUUCGCACAGAAAAACCAAGGGCAGGGAGAAAGAGGAUCUCGAGCGAAAACAGGGGAAAACGUGAGUGGCUUGCAGAGUCGCGCAAGACGCUGGCCCAGCCGGAGUGGCUUCCUGUCGAGUUUCUCCAGCUUCUCGGCUGAUGCAUCGACGGAAAAGGGUCGUUUUCCGGGGAAACGAAUCAUCUGUGACAUGUUCCAACAUUCUCGGAUCUGCUGCUCUUGGGUGAGGCCCGAUUUCUUAUCGCUCCGCAGUCGGAGAAUCCCGCAACCUCCGUAACAUGGUGUUUUCCUUGGUGACACGCGAGUCGGCAGAAAAGCGAAAGAGAACACACACUGAGAAGAACAGCAACGUUUCACUCCUCUUUUCGCAGCAGCGAACAGUCCCUUCAGUCGUUUCCGAUGAGUCUGAAUCCGCAGAACUGUUAGACCACACAUCGACUAUUCGCGUAGUAUGAACUUGCCACAAAGAAAGUUAAGGCACAUGACGUCAGCAUCUGAGUAUCAAAGUCGUCAUUAUCGCUGUACAAAGGAUCCGUGAUCCACAACUGCACAACUCGAACUGAAUCAAC